UUCCGCCAGAACCAUAGAAGAAGAAGCUAGAGAAGACUCCGGAAGUGAGUGCUUGAACAGUGAAAACAGAUUAGCCUGAUUAGCUCCACAGGCUAACUCUCUCUGAUAUGACGUUUCUAAGCUGAACAGUGUGUUACCUGUGUUGACGUAAGUGGGCGUUGCCGUGGCGAUGGCUCUGAUCGAAGGUGUGGGAGAUGAGGUGACGCUGCUGUUCGGCUCCCUGCUGCUCCUCCUGGUCCUGCUGCUGGCCUGGAUCUCCACCCGCACCUCCGACCCCCCAGAACACCUGUUUACCUCUGCCACAAGCCCCGCCCCCUCCCUCAGAACAAGUCCCACCCACCAUGAAACACCUCAGUCCUCCACGAUCAGCUCAUCCUCCUCCUCCUCCCCCUCCAGCUCUGUGAGUGACAGCUCGCUGACAGAGGCUCCACCAGCCAACGCCUCCUCCCAGGAGGAGAAGGGGGAGGGAGGAGGAAGGGGGGAGGAGCCAGGUGGAGGGGGAGACGUAGGCGGGGCUUCAUCCUCUCAGAGGAACAUGGUGGUCAGAUUGAAGUUCCUCAACGACACUGAGAGAAUGGCUCAGGUCGGCCCUCAGGACACCAUCGGAUACAUCAAACGAACCUUCUUUGCGGGUCAGGAGCAGCAGGUCCGGCUCAUCUACCAGGGUCAGCUGCUCCAGGACGACGCUCAGACUCUGGCCUCUCUGAACCUGGUCCACAACUGUGUCCUGCACUGUCACAUUUCACAGCACGCCGGCCGGGGGGCGGCGGGAGGGGCGCGGCCAGCUGACCAGGUGCAAGUGGCGCUGAAUGUGGGCGGUCUGAUGGUGCCCCUGCUGGUCCUCAUGCUGUCUGUGCUUUGGUACUGUCAGAUCCAGUACCGGCAGUUCUUCACGGCGCCAGCCACCGCCUCGCUGGUCGGAGUCACCAUCUUCCUCAGCCUGGUGGCCUUUGGAGUCUACCGCCGCUAGCUGCUCUCUGAUUGGCCGCUAGUGUCGACGUCAGUGGCUGGGGCGGAGCUCCUUCUGUGACCUCUGACCUUUCCCCGCCCGUGGGGAGACGGAAGCUUCUAGAGUCCAUGUUUGUUCUUCUGUUGCCAUGGAGAUGCUGUGGAGCAUUAACGAGGACUUAAAAGGCCGUUCUGAAAUGAUUCCCUCGCCACUCUAACGUAGGAGAGAGCGCCAUCUGCUGGACGGUUUAAACUCAUCAGACAGCUUUAAGAUAAACCCCCCUCACUGACACGCAGACAGGAAGUUAGUGUUCUGAAACAGGAAGUUCAUGUAGCAGUAAAAUAAACGUUUGUCAGAGAGAGACGGUUAAAGGAGAGAAAUGUUUGGUUCAGUCUCUCUGAAGAUCAAAGUCUAAACGACAGAAUUAAAACCUGUUUCACAGAUUGGACCUUUAGUCCUGAUAGGAAUGUUCAGCUCUUCUGUUUUAGUCUCACCUGAUGUUUUAUUUUGAAAGGUUAAAGUCGCCGAUCCUCGUCUCCUGUCCCCUGAGGAACAGAAAGGUGUCACACCUGGGUGCAGACUCUGAUGGAGGUUUGACCUCUGACCUCAGAGGUAGGACGCCCCUAGGGGUGCUAACAGAGUGGAGGGGGUAGUUUCAGAACGGCCCAGUGUUAAUUUUUAUAUCCUGUUUCUCUGUAGGCUCCGCCCUCUUCAUCAUCGUGCCUCUUUUAGUUUGUGUGUAGGUCUGCUUUAGUGAGUGUGUGAGCGAGCGAGCGAGAGAGAGAGAGAGAGAGAAAGAGCGGGAACGUUUCAAUCUGAGCUUUUCAAAGACAAAUUCUAUUAAAUCAUUUAUUUAUCA